AUGACACACUUUCUCUCCUUUCUGCUCCCAUCGCCUCUUCGGGUCUCCGGACUCCAGCCCCGGCCGCGCCAGCCCCUGCGGCCGGGCAGCCGGACAGUGGGCGCGGGGCGCGGGAGGCAGCCGGCGGCCUGCGCGGAGGAGGCGUCCGCGCCCGCGGAGCAUGAGCGCCCAGAUCCCAGCUAUCUCAACUCCAGAUGCAUCAGGAGACUGGCUUGAAGGAAGACAAGAUCCAGCCGGAAAGUACAAACAGCAGACUUCAAUAGUAGCUUAGCAGCUCCUGUUUAUUGAACAUCUACUACAUGCCAGCUCAGAAGAUGCCCGGCCUCCCUGAAGCAUGAGGUGCCUGAUUCCUGGAAAAAAACUGGGAUUCUGUUAGCAGGAAGAGCAAGGGGCAUGGUGCCGAUGAGUGACAGCGGUGUCUGCCACAAGCUUGGGAAAGAACUGUUGCAUCGCAUUCGUAGGAUGUCAACUCUUUGAAGAGAAUAAAGAGACCACUGCAGAAGCACGUGGAGAGAGGUCCUGGGAGGCUCUUUGAUUGACCUCGCUGGGGUUUAUGUCAGCGAGGAGGCUGGCCGGGGAUGGAUGACGACAUGGAGACCCUCAAGGACGAGGAGGACGCCCUGUGGGAGAACGUGGAGUGCAACCGGCACAUGCUGAGUCGCUACAUCAACCCGGCCAAGCUCACCCCCUACCUGCGCCAGUGCAAGGUCAUCGAUGAGCAAGACGAAGAUGAAGUGCUUAACGCGCCCAUGCUGCCGUCCAAGAUCAACCGGGCAGGCCGACUGUUGGACAUUCUACACACCAAAGGGCAAAGAGGCUAUGUGGUCUUCUUGGAGAGCCUGGAGUUUUACUACCCAGAACUGUACAAGCUGGUGACGGGGAAGGAGCCCACCCGGAGGUUCUCCACCAUCGUGGUGGAGGAGGGCCACGAGGGCCUCACGCACUUCUUGAUGAACGAGGUCAUCAAGCUGCAGCAGCAGAUGAAGGCCAAAGACCUCCAGCGCUGCGAGCUGCUGGCCAAGGCGCGGCAGCUGGAGGACGAGAAGAAGCAGCUGACGCUGACCCGGGUGGAGCUGCUGACCUUCCAGGAGCGGUACUAUAAGAUGAAGGAAGAGCGGGACGGCUACAACGAGGAGCUGGUCAAGGUCAAGGACGACAACUACACCUUGGCCAUGCGCUACGCCCAGCUCAGCGAAGAGAAAAACAUGGCCGUGAUGCGAAGCCGGGACCUCCAACUCGAGAUCGAUCAACUCAAGCACCGAUUGAAUAAGAUGGAGGAGGAAUGUAAGCUGGAGAGAAAUCAGUCACUGAAACUGAAGAAUGACAUUGAGAAUCGGCCCAAGAAGGAGCAGGUCCUGGAAUUGGAGCGGGAGAAUGAGAUGCUCAAGACCAAGAUCCAGGAGCUGCAGUCCAUCAUCCAGGCCGGCAAACGCAGCCUGCCAGACUCAGACAAGGCCAUCCUGGACAUCCUGGAGCACGACCGGAAAGAGGCACUGGAGGACCGGCAGGAGCUUGUCAACAAAAUCUACAACUUGCAGGAGGAGGUCCGCCAGGCAGAGGAGCUUCGAGACAAGUACUUGGAGGAAAAGGAAGACCUGGAGCUCAGGUGCUCGACCCUGGGGAAAGACUGUGAAAUGUACAAGCACCGUAUGAACACGGUCAUGCUGCAGCUGGAGGAGGUGGAACGGGAGCGGGACCAGGCCUUCCAUUCCCGAGACGAAGCGCAGACUCAGUACUCGCAGUGCUUGAUCGAGAAAGACAAGUACCGGAAACAGAUCCGGGAGCUGGAGGAGAAGAACGACGAGAUGAGGAUCGAGAUGGUGCGGCGGGAAGCCUGCAUCGUCAACCUGGAGAGCAAGCUCCGGCGCCUCUCCAAGGACAACGGCAGCCUCGACCAGAGUCUGCCCAGGAACCUGCCAGCCACCAUCAUCUCGCAGAACUUUGGGGACGCCAGCCCCAGGGUUAACGGUCAAGAGGCUGAUGAUUCUUCCACCUCGGAGGAGUCACCUGAAGACAGCAAGUACUUCCUGCCCUACCACCCGCCCCGGCGCAGGAUGAACCUGAAGGGCAUCCAGCUGCAGAGAGCCAAAUCCCCCAUCAGCCUGAAGCGAGCGUCGGAUUUUCAAGGCAAGGGACAUGAAGACAGGGAUGCCAGCCCCAGCUCCUCCCACUCUCUGCCCAUCACCAGCUCCUUCUCCAAGAUGCAGCCCCAUCGGAGCCGCAGCAGUAUCAUGUCCAUCACUGCCGAGCCCCCGGGAAACGACUCCAUCGUCAGGCGCUGUAAGGAGGAUGCCCCGCUCCGCAGCACAGUCGAAGAAGACAACGACAGUGGUGGGUUCGACGCCUUGGACCUGGACGACGACAGUCACGAGCGCAGCUCCUUUGGUCCACCGUCCAUCCACUCCUCCUCCUCGUCCCACCAGUCUGAAGGCCUAGAUGCCUACGACCUGGAGCAGGUCAACCUCAUGUUUAGGAAAUUCUCACUUGAAAGACCCUUCCGGCCCUCGGUCACAUCCGUGGGGCACGUGCGGGGCCCUGGACCCUCAGUGCAGCACACAACGCUGAACGGUGACAGCCUCAUCACCCAGCUCACCCUGCUGGGGGGCAACGCCCGCGGCAGCUUCAUCCACUCAGUCAAGCCGGGCUCCCUGGCCGAGAAGGCAGGACUCCGAGAGGGCCACCAGCUGCUGCUGCUGGAAGGCUGCAUCAAAGGCGAGAGGCAGAGUGUCCCCUUGGACUCGUGCACAAAGGAGGAGGCCCGCUGGACCAUCCAGAGGUGCAGUGGCCCGGUCACCCUGCACUACAAGGUCAACCAAGAAGGGUACCGGAAGCUACUGAGAGACAUGGAGGAGGGUCUGAUCACCUCGGGGGACUCGUUCUACAUCCGGCUGAACCUGAACAUCUGCAGCCAGCUGGACGCCUGCUCCAUGUCCCUGAGGUGUGACGACGUCGUACACGUCAGGGACACCAUGUACCAGGACAGGCACGAGUGGCUGUGUGCCCGGGUCGACCCUUUCACGGACCAUGACCUGGACACAGGCACCAUACCCAGCUACAGCCGAGCCCAGCAGCUGCUCCUGGUCAAGCUGCAGCGACUGAUGCACCGGGGCAGCCGAGAUGAGCCGGACACCACCCACCACACCCUGAGGGCGCUCCGGAACACCCUGCAGCCCGAAGAGCCACUUGCCACCAGCGACCCCCGGGUCAGCCCCCGCCUCUCCAGAGCCAGUUUCUUCUUUGGUCAGCUGCUUCAGUUUGUCAGCAGGUCAGAAAACAAGUACAAGCGAAUGAACAGCAACGAGCGCGUCCGCAUCAUCUCGGGGAGCCCUAUGGGGAGCCUGGCCCGGUCCUCGCUGGAUGCCUCGAAGCUGCUGACCGAAAAGCACGAGGAGAUGGACCCCGAGAGCGAGCUCAGUAAGGGCCUCAGCCUCAUCCCCUACAGCCUGGUGCGUGCCUUCUACUGCGAGCGCCGCAGGCCCGUCCUCUUCACGCCCACCAUACUGGCCAAGACGCUGGUGCAGAAGCUGCUCAACUCUGGGGGCGCCAUGGAGUUCACGAUAUGCAAGUCAGAUAUUGUCACAAGAGAUGAGUUCCUCAAAAAGCAGAAGACAGAAACCAUCAUCUACUCCCGGGAGAAGAACCCCAACACCUUUGAAUGUAUCGUUCCCGCCAACAUCGAAGCCGUGGCAGCCAAGAAUAAGCACUGCCUGCUGGAGGCGGGCAUCAGCUGCGUGCGAGACCUGAUCAAGUGCAAGAUCUACCCCAUCGUGCUUUUCAUCCGGGUGUCCGAGAAGAAUACCAAGAGGUUCAGGAAGCUGCUGCCCCGGCCGGAGACGGAGGAGGAAUUCCUGCGCGUGUGCCGGCUGAAGGAGAAGGAGCUGGAGGCCCUGCCCUGCCUCUACGCCACCGUGGAGGCCGAGAUGUGGGGCAACCUGGAGGAGCUGCUGCGCGUCAUCAAGGACAAGAUUGGCGAGGAGCAGCGCAAGACCAUCUGGGUGGACGAGGACCAGCUGUGAGGCCCAGCGCCCCGAGUCUGAGCAGAGCCGCAGGAGCCGAGGGGGCAUCCCGAUGCCCCAGCCUGGGGCCGUGUGCUGGUGUCCCUCCAGGGAGCCCUGGGUGCAGACGUGGCCAGGGACAGACACAGCUAGGGAGGUGCAGGGCAUAGCCGAUUCCAUUUGAGCCCGUCCUGCCCAGUGGUCAGGCCCUGCUGGCAUUAGCAGAAGGACUGCCUGAGGCCAGCAGGCCCCUCAGAAACCAGAGCAGCAGGUGAAUGUAAUACGUAACGCCUGGGACAGGUGCGCUACCCUAGGGCAGGGCCCAGCAAGCAGGGCGGCUGCCAGCCCUGGGCACAAGCAUCCUCCUGGGCAGGACAGGUCUGGGGGAGUCAACAUGUGCUACGUGGUUAUUUUUCUUGCAUUAAAAUUUCUAGUCCUUUUAUUCAUUUAAAAAAAAAUUUUUUUUUAAUUUAAAUGUUUCAGAGGUUAGUCCCUCACAGUUCUCCUCAGUGGAACACCACUCCCAGCAAGCUCAGCGUAGGCGCAGAAGUGGCUCAGGCCCUGCGUUCAGGUACUGGGUGCAGGACGGUGGCCUUGUCCCCUGGACACUCCUGAUUCACAGCCAGGUUUGGGUGUCCUCACUUAGAGCACCUGCCUGGACUCAGGGCAUCCUGGUCUGGAGAGUGCGGGGUCCUCUCUGGGAAGGACCCAGCCUUCCAUAGUGGCCCAGGAGGACUGAGGCCAUGCUCCUCCCCAGAGAGUCACCACCAGCAUCUCUGUCCUCUGCAUUUGCUGUUCCUGCAUCCUGGGAUUCAGGAGGGGUCUGGGGGUGAGGCCCUCCAGUGGGCUUGCUCCCCCGGGCCCAGGAGCUGGAGGUGCAAGAGGGCAGUGCUUCCCAUCACCAUCAGCAGCUAAUGCCCUGCAAUUCUGAACCUGACUGGCACAACCACACCAGGCCAGGUGGUGGCCUCGGCUGAGCAGGGAGUGGGCAGGAACUAGGGGAGCAACUGCGAGUAGACAACCCAGCAUCCCCAUUGCCUCCCUAACAGAAUCCUGAUUUUAUUCUGAGAAUCUAUGUGCACAGCUAAACAUCCAUACGUCCUAGCUUUCCUUGUAGCUAAGAUUCAUUAAGGAAACAAGGAAAAGUUUGGGGGAGAAACUCCAGUUUUCUGCCUGCAAUGCAGACAUGAUGACUGGAGCCCCAGCAGUCAUCUUGGAAUUUUGAGGUGACCAUGUAAAUGGGAAAUCCCACUCAGAGGUUGGUGGAACCGAAAGAUAGAAGGAGACCGAGUCACCGGUGACACCCGAGAGCCCAGGACCGCUGCCCAGGUUUCUUUUACAUGGGACAGAAAUCAAUUUUUAUCUUGUGUUAAGUGGCUAUUUCAGUUCUCCAUUACCCGUAGCCUAGAGCAAUUCCUAACAGACCCAGGAAACCCCCUUUUCUUUAUGACUGCAAAUGCCAUGGGUUGAUCUUCUGCGAGGUUUUUGCCACAUAAUCAAGAUAGGAUUUGUUCAUAGAAGAACUGUAUUAAUAAAUAUCUCCUCCUAAAAAACA